UUUAAGGGGAAACAGCUUAGUUGACACUUCGAAACAGAGAAAUAAACACAUCUUCAUUAAACAACUCAACUGAAAAAAGAUACACAAGAUGGAGGAUCUGUCGUCUGAGGAGCAGAUGCUGAUUAGAGAAACAUUUCGAAUACUAGACAAGGAGAACGAGGGCGCCAUAACCUCCAAAGAGAUGGCGGUAGUGAUCCGCGCCCUCGGCCGCCAGCCAAACGAAUCUGAAGUCCAGUCCAUGAUCAACGAGGUGGACUCGGAGGGAAAUGGGUCCAUCGAGGCUCCGGAGUUCUUCAACUUAAUCCUGCGCAAGAUGCGCGAUACGAGCCAAGAGGAAGAACUACGCGAGGCGUUCCGCGUUUUUGACAAGCAGAACAACGGCUAUAUUAGCAUCACCGACCUUAAGGCUGUGUUCACGUCGCUGGGCGUUAAUAUUGGCGACGAAGAGCUGGAGGACAUUAUACGCGAGUACGAUCAGGAUGCGGACAAUCAUUUAAAUUACGAGGAGUUUGUAAACAUGAUGAGCAUACGUUAGCCACCAUUAUGUAUAGUUCUGUUAGGGUGAGUGGAUUUUAAUGAGACUGAAAAUAUGAAAUGGGCAAACAAAUUUUGAUAAAUUUAA